ACAGAAUAGAAAAUUCAAAAUAAUAAAUAGAAAAGAUAGGUCAAAACCCGAAACAUUCUUUUGAAACUGUACCAAUUAAAAUAUAAUAUAAACAUUUUAUUUUGCUGAUCUAAACAGCAGCUGUACAAAGCUAUAAAUGUAAUUUUCUGCAUGAUGAGGGUAUUUUUGUCGGAAGAUAAUCUGUGUGCUCAAAAUUUGUUGAAGAUUGUGUCCCAUGGAAAUGCAAUUUUAGCAGAAAUUUUGAGGCUUAAGGAUUAUAUACCCGUUGCAUACUUGUUUGAUACCAAAGAAACACAACAAAAAUAUCAGGAUGUUAUAUUGGAUUUUAGUUAUUUCAAAGUUUCAGACAUAUUAGAGAAAAAAAUUUCUUCAAACUCAAAACUUCAUGAUUUAGAUGAUGACCUCAGAGAUAAGUACAGCGACUUAGUGACCAGGUUCUAUUUACUAUUUGAAAACAUUUACCAAUUUAUUGUGGAUCUAAAUACAUUUGUUGAACAAUUAAAUGAAGGUGCAUUUAUACAACAAUCUAUAGACACAGUUCUGAAGGAUAUAGAAGGAAAACAACUACUAUGUGAAUCAUUAUACCUGUAUGGGGCGAUGCUACUGUUGUGUGACCUGUAUAUUCCCGGUGCUGUACGUGAAAGGCUUUUAGUGGCAUUUUAUAGAUACAGCACUAAUCAGUCGCAAUCAAACAUAGAUGAUGUGUGUAAGCUGCUAAGAGACACUGGUUAUAACCAGUUACUUGGUAAAAGACCAGCAUGCUAUCCAGUGGAAUAUUUUGGGCGAGUACCUGUGCACCCAGAUUUUAUUGAGAAAGUUGUAGCGAAGUUGCGAUCAGAAGAUAUUUACAACCAGCUCCCUGUGUACACAAUACCCGAACAUCAAGCAUCUGCACUGGCCGUUCAGUCCAGUAUGUUAAUUAUUUGUCUCUUUUUUACGCCCCACUAUCUUCAUGGCGACAUGACGAAGAUGAGGGAAAUUGUAGACAAAUUCUUUCCAUGUAACUGGAUCAUACCAGUUUAUAUGGGAGUAACUAUGAAUUUAAUUGACUAUUGGGACAAUUUCAAGGCUGCUAAGACGUGCCUCAGCAAUACAUGUAAUUCCAAAUCAGUGAAGGAGAUCUUUUCCAAAAGGGGAAAUUCAGUGAAGCUCUUAAUUAAUAAGACACAUCAACUGUUAAAAGAAGGAGCAAUGACUGAUGACUAUGUGCUUGACAAUAUCAGUAAAGUUCUCAACCUUAUAUUAAAUUCGAAUCAUGUGUUGCGGUGGUUAAUACUACACAAUACUGAUGUUAUUUUCUUUGAUAACAAUAAAAGAAGCAAACAGCUAAAAGAACUGGUAACAAAAGAAUCGAAUUAUGACCCUGUACAAAUACUGGAGUUACUUGUAAGUACAGCCGAGUUAGAAUUGAAGACGAGGGAGUAUCUUAAGAAGUUACUCGAUAACAGAAAUGAAAAUUGGGGCAAAAAUAAAGAGUUAGCCUUAGAAGGGUUGAAUACUUUAGCCGAUAUAUUCUCGGGUAACAAGAUGUACACAAAAGUAGUUGAAAACGAACAACUGAAGUUGUGGUUCGCUAAAAUCGCAAAACAAGUAUCAUCGCUUUCGGAACAAGUUAGUUCUAAAUCAGUAAAGAAAGUGACGCAAUUAAUUCAAGCGCUGGACCAAGUUGAAGAAUUCCAUGGCAUGAAAAGUACGUCCAGUGUGGUGCAGUUGCUUUUAGAAACAAAGGAAGCAUUAAAAAAUUGUCUGAGGGCUGCAUCGCUCAAAGAAGAUUCACUUGUAACCUUAGAAACUGUAGCAGAUUUUAGUUAUGCAUGGUGCACUAUAGAUCUCUAUACAGGACAUAUGCAGGAAAGUAUUAAAGAAAACCCAGCAACCACUAGCAGAUUAAGAGCGCUGUUUUUAAAACUAGCCAGUGCAAUGGAAAUUCCACUUUUGAGGAUCAACCAAGCGCAGAGCGAUGACUUAGUCUCGGUUUCACAGUAUUACAGCAAUGAACUUAUCAAAUACAUUCAGAAAGUAUUGCAAAUAAUACCUGAAAUGGUUUUUAGAAUAGUGGAAAAAAUAAUUGAACUGCAAACGUGGACUAUUAAAGAAGUGCCAACGAGAAUAGAUAAAGAAAAAUUGAAAGACUUUGCGCAGCUAGAUCAUAGAAUGGAGGUUGCCAAGCUUACACACUCUGCAUCAACAUUUACCACUGGUAUCCUCGAUAUGAGAUCAACAUUAGUGGGUGUCAUUAGAGUUGACCCAGCAGAAUUGCUAGAAGAAGGGUUGUUGAAAGAAUUGGAUAACCACAUAAGCAAAAAGUUCAUAGAGUUUGUGGAGCCACAAGUGAAGAAGGCGAACAGUAUAAUACCUCGAUUGCAAAAGUUAGCGGACAGCAUGGAGGGAUACAAGCGAUCGUUGGAAUAUAUCCAGGAUUACAUUAAUAUCCACGGACUCAGGAUCUGGCAAAAGCAGGUUUCAGCAAUUAUCAAUGAAAAUGUAGCGAAAGAAAUAAGUAUAAGAAGAGGUGUGGUACUACACGGCCCUUCAGCAGGUUUCAUGGGGAGUCUGGCAAAACAAAUUGCGCAGUUGACUGACGCCAGAGUGUGCGUGUAUAUCAAUAUAUCUGCAGCAUGGUUCGACGUGAAAACAAACGCAGAAAUCGUUAAUAUAAAAACAUUUUCAAAAUUAAAUGAAGCCAUAGGCGUGGUGGGCCUUCACGGCCUAGAUACUAUAUAUGGGUAUAUGAUAAAAAACCAACUUCAACAGAUUCAAAGAAUUCUUAACGACGGUCAAGAGAAGUUUGCAAUAGUUGGCGCAACUGUGAAUCUAAAGGAACUUGACCAAAUUAUACUGAAAAAUCAGAAGAGCAUUCAGAACGUAGCUGAUGCGCUGGUUGUCAUUGGUGAAUUACAACUCUUGAGGAAACAUAUUGCAUAUCAAUUGAAUACCAGUUGUAAGUUUGACUCGGUGCAGCUGGAAGCUUCUCUGCGAACUAUGAAUGAAUCAUUAUUAUACGAUUUGAAGAGAUGUAACAAUAUUGAGUCUAAGGAAAGUACACUGGCAUUGAUGAGGGAAUUGGACGAAUACCUGGUGAGAUCUGGGCUGUUUGAGCCAUUCGAAAAGAUAUACGUAAGGAAUGUUCCAGAAUUUGGUGCUGUUCAUAUGGGAAACAUGCUGGUCGUAAUUCUAAUUUCGCAGUUAGCAAAGUUGCAGCUAUGUAUGACGUCAGGUGAUCUAAUUACGAAAAAGCCAGGGGAAAAUAUAGAUGGCUUUCCGCUUAUAAUUGGAGUAUAUACUUUACUACGACAAAGUAAGACUGAAAAUUUGGAAAUAUUUAUAAACUUAUUAUGCAAUUAUGUCAAAGUUGCCAGUCUCAACAAAUUAAAAUCAGCUGAUGUGACACAUGACAGUUCUCUUAUUAUAAGAACAUUACAAAUAUUCUGUGAAACAUUCAAGUACCCUUAUGAAAAAUUAGAAGAUAAAUUACCUUUAGUUCUUCUGACUCAUACCUCUAUGAAGCAAUAAUUUAUCAAUACAUAAAAUAUUAUUAUAAAAUGAAAGUUAAUAUUAUAUUACAUUAUUAAUCAAUAAAUUAAAUUAUUUUUAUACGUAA